AAAAAAAGACAAUCGCAUGUUAAAUAUGCAAUAUCUCGUUACCAGAUGUGCAAGGUAUGACGCUUUUAUCUUGUUGUAUUUUCGCAAUAUGUUUUUAGCACGCGAGCUAACUGACGUUAAUGUAACUGUUACUAUCAACGAAUAGCAUGCUAACUUUAGCUAGCUACAGUACCUAGCGCCAAAACCAAUAAUUGGCAUCGUUUAAGACAUCACGAGCUACACGUAUAAAAGGUUAACUCUGUCAAUCCUCACAUGCUGAAAUCCCCCAUGACUAGUUUUGAAAGCAGUCUCAAUGCACAGUUGGGAGUAGGCUAUAAUGCAAUAUCUGUGGUAUGCAUGUCAUCAGCACUGCACUCCUCGUAACAGAUUCACCCUCUCCUUGGUAGGGCCAGGACUUUAUCCUAGACUUGUCACUUGGUCAGGAAACGCUAUUGGUCUUUGGUACUACAUUUGUUUUUCUGACAACCAAAAAAGUGUAUGACUUAUCCUACUACAACUCACCGAUUAUUAUUGUUUCAACAAGGGCAUUACGGAUGUAUUAUCCUGAACUGGUGCCCAGCGUGACUGUUCUGUACUCUGAUAUCGAAAAUAUUCCCAUCGGUGAAGUAAUUUAGUGCUCCUACAACCACAAAACAACCAUGGACACCUACGUAGCCAUCCAUGGCAAGAACAUAUCCCACAAUCCCCUCUCCUCCACCCAAGCCAUGUCUAUCGACAAGCUCUUCCCGGCUCUCCUGGAGUGUUUUGGGAUCAUCCUGUGUGGAUACAUCGCCGGUAGGACGGACAUAAUCACCUCCUGUCAAGCUAAAGGAUUAGGGAACUUUGUGUCUAAAUUCGCCCUCCCGGCGCUGCUCUUCAAGAACAUGGUUCUGUUGGACUUUAAUAACGUGAUCUGGUCGUUCCUGUGGAGUAUCCUGAUAGCCAAGGUGUCGGUGUUCGUCCUGGUGUGUGUUCUGACGCUAGCGGUGGCCAGUCCGGAAAGCAGGUACAGCAAGGCAGGACUCUACUCCAUCUUCGCUACGCAGAGCAACGAUUUCGCCCUGGGGUAUCCCAUUGGAUUUGCCUUCUGUGAGGUCCAGAAGUGGAAGGACCACCCAGAGAGACAGCAGGGCAAGUUGCAGAUCGUCAGAGUGGUGCUGCUGCAGGUACUGAAGAACCCGAUAGUGUUCAUGGUGGUGGUCGGAAUCGUGUCCCACUUUGCCCUGGGCCAGAGGAUCCCUGCUGUGAUGGAGGAGUUUGUGGAUGGCCUGGCCAACUCCUUCGGAGGAGCAGCUCUCUUCUACCUGGGACUAUCUAUGGUGGGACAGGUGGCCAAACUCACCAGGUCUACUGGAGUAGCCCUUAUCCUGCUCAUCACUGCCAAACUGCUGGUGAUGCCUCUCAUCUGUAAGGACAUGGUCGACCUGCUGGACUCUACAGGUUCCAACAGCAGCAGUCUGAACCACUCCAGCCUGUCCAACUAUGCCUUUCUCUACGGGGUGUUCCCCCCUGCUCCCAGCGUAGCCAUCUACGCAUCACAGUACAACAUGGAGCUGGACGUGGUGACGUCAGGGAUGGUGAUCAGCACGUUCCUGUCUGCCCCCAUCAUGUACGUGUCAGCCUGGCUCCUGACCAUCCCCCUGAUGAACCCCAAGCCACUGGUCACUGAGCUGCAGAAUGUCAGCUUCAACAUCAGCAUCGUCAGCCUGGUCGCACUGGUGUGGACCAUCGCUGUCAUUCUCCUCAGUAAGAAGUUCAAGAGGCUCCCACACAUGUUUUCUAUGAACCUCUUCCUGGCACAGUUCCUAGUGUGUGUCGGUAUGAUCCUGUGGAACUUCGUAGUGAAGCAGGAGGACAUCUUGGGACAGGUGUUGACAUUCACACUGCUCUAUGGGUCACUCUACAGCACAUAUGUCUGGACUGGUCUCAUUCCUCUCUGUUUGGUUCUGACCAAGAAGGACAAUUUUCUGAGGAUUCCACCUUGGGUCUUCAUGGUCUUUGGCUGGGGCAUACCGUUCCUCAUCCUUGGAGGUCUGCUCCUGGCAGGAGAGAGGAUGCCUGAUACUGUAGACUCUGCCUUCUUCUAUGGCAGGGCUCAGAUCAUCAGUACUGCAGUAGUAGUCUCCUGCAGCAUCUUGGUAGGUGGUUUCUCUCUGAUGGGUCUCAGCCAGGGCACCAAGGAGAACCAGAACUACCAAGUCCUGGAGAGAGCCUCCAACACAGGUACUAUAGAGGACCUGAGGCCCCCUGGACACCAGGAGGACCAGAACUACCAAUCCCUGGAGAGAGCCUCCAACACAGGUACUAUAGAGGACCUGAGGCCCCCUGGACACCAGGAGGACCAGAACUACCAAUCCCUGGAGAGAGCCUCCAACACAGGUACUAUAGAGGACCUGAGGCCCCCUGGACACCAGGAGGACCAGACCCCCCCACUGGAGCCCUCAGCACCAGAGACCAGCAACAACAGUGACUGUUGUAGCUGUACACAGCCCGUGCCCGACAUGAUCAAUGGCGCCACCAGGAACGACACUCCCACGUCUCUAACAGGCCAGUGUGGGGCGCUGUGUGAAACCCAGCAGCAGCCGUGUAGUCCACCGGUCCAGGAUGACAGACAGCUGGUCAGACAUGUCCUGUUGUGUCUACUCCUCAUAGUUUCCCUGCUGGCUAACCUGUCCAGUUGUCUAUGGUGGUUGUUCAACCAGGACCCUGGUAGACUGUACCUGGAGCUGCAGUUCUUCUGUGCUGUGGCCAACUAUGGACAGGGCUUCAUUUCGUUUGGUAUCUUUGGCCUGGACAGGCAUCUGAUCAUUCUGCCAUUCAAGAAGAGGUUAGUGAGCCUAUGGCAGGGCAGGGAGAGUGAGGAGGAGCCCCCCUCUGUGGUUCCAGAGGAGAUCAGGCUGACCUGCACUCAGUUUGUCCGCUAUCAUAAAGACCAGUGUGUUCAGGACAUAGUGCCCAUCAGAAGGUGUGAGGGAGACAGGGUUCAGGAGAGGGAGCGCUCCAGGGAGAGACCUGGUCAGGGGACUUAUCCUCCAUCCCAGGCCCAGACUCAGGCCACUUUCCUGGGCAGUGAUCUAGUGGACUGGCUGGUGAGGGUGGGUCUGACCCGGGACAGGAGGGAAGCCCAGCUCUAUGGGGCUCAGCUCCAGCAAGGAGGGAUACUGCAACACCUCACACACCAGUUUGGCUUCAAGGACGACACCCUCCUACACUACCGCUUCACUGAGAGGAGCUGGACGCCACCGAUGGAAAGGAACAGCAUUAUGCCUCCUGUGGCCAUGUAAUGUUCCCAGAGGGGGAGGGGGGGGGGGAAUUCAUCCAGGCUCUGAUCAAGAGUAGUGCACUAUGAAGGGAA